GAAAAAGGAAACAAUACUUUAAAUUUGAAGUUUUGUUUCAAUUUCAUCGACGACUAUCACCGUCAUCGUCAUGGAGGUUUCCGGCACCGUUCUCCGUCAUACAAACUACAUCUUUGGCGUUGGGACCCACACCCGUUCUCAUGGCGUGGUUCCUCGGAGAGUGAGAAUGUCUAUGGGGUCUGGUUUUCAUGAUGAGGGUCACGUGCAGUAUUACCAAGAUGUGAAGAAAAACACAGAACCUGUUAUUAUAAGCAACAAGAAGAAGAUCAAAUUGCUCAAACGCUUCUCUAAAAACGUUUCCCAGUUACCUCAAUUAGGGUUUGCUCAAGAUCCUAAUCUCUUGGAUCAACUUCACCAAAACCUCAUCACGGAAGGUGGUGAGGAAUUACUUAGAGAGCUAGAGAAAGUGAGAGCAGAGGAGAAGGAAUUGAAGAAAAAAAUGAAACAGGAGAAGAAAAAGGCUAAACUAAAACCCUCCAAGAUGAAAACUUGUAAUAAAUCUGAAUCGUCGUCGUCUUCAUCCUCUGAAUCUGAGUCAAGUGAUAGUGAUUGUGGUGAAGUUGUUGACAUGAACACUUUCAGAGGAGCUGGUGUUGUUGAUGUUGCCACAAAGCCGGUGGAUGAAUUGGAAUUGAAGCUGAAGCAACCUAUGCUAUCCAUACCUGAAGAUUCUACUUCACAUCAUCAUGUUAUGGAUGUGUGCACUACAAAUAAUGCAUCUCUUGUUACUGGGUUUAAGAAAGAGACAAAUGUGGUUAUCCCUACAGCUCAAAAGAGGAUUGAAGUUUGCAUGGGUAACAAAUGCAAAAAAUCAGGGGCUGCUGCAUUGUUACAAGAGUUUGAGAAGGUAGUAGGUGUUGAAGGUGAAGGUGUUGUUGUUGGAUGCAAGUGUAUGGGGAAGUGUAAAACUGCUCCUAAUGUGAGAAUUCAGAAUUCUGUUGAUCUUAACAUGGUUCAGGGAAUUGAUGAUUCUGUUAAAAUUCCAAGUAACCCUCUCUGCAUUGGAGUUGGUUUAGAGGAUGUGGAUACUAUUGUGGCUAGGUUUUUAGGGGAGGAUUACAAAGAUGUGGGUAUGGUUGCUGCAGCUUCUUCAUGAACAAAAAUCGUAGAAUUGGCUAGCUAGUAUACCGAUUGUAUAUAUGUGUCAGCGUGGAGAAAAUAUCAUUAUUAUUAUCAUUCCUUAAGUUUCAUUUUGUAUAAAAAAAAUAGUUAUUAUGUAUUGUGGAUUUUCUCAAAAACAAAGUAUUGUGGAUUUUUCCAUUAAAAAAUAUAUUAUGGAUUUUAUUUCCUUUA